UGUGGCUUUAGUAAUCGGAGCCAUCUGCCUGUACACUAAGGCGGUCCCCACUCUAAUCCAGCUUACGUCUGGCAAACCACUCUUCCCCGCCUGAUGCCCUUGAGCAGAGGAGGCUGUGCAAAAUCCUGUGCUCCUAAACGUGUCGCUGUCGCUGAGGAUAUCUAGGUUUGGGUUUGGGUUCAUUUCGUCGGUUUGUUUUUUUGAGCUUUGUCUGAGGUUUAGCUUUCUUUUUCUAGGACAGAGACAAUGGCUUUCAUGGUGAAAAGUAUGAUAAGUAGCCAGGUAAAGAAUUUAGGAUUUGGUGGUGGGUCUGAAGAACAGAAAGAAGAAGGAGGUGCAUCGGACCCAGCAGCAGCUCACGGGAUGACCAGAGAGGAGUAUGAGGAAUAUCAGAAGCAAGUGAUUGAGGAGAAGAUGGAAAGAGAUGCGGCGUUUACACAAAAAAAGGCAGAGAGGGCGUGCCUGAGAGUCCACCUCAGGGAAAAGUACAGGCUCCCAAAGAGUGAAAUGGAUGAGAAUCAAAUCCAGAUGGCCGGAGAGGAUGUGGAUUUGCCUGAAGAUCUCCGGAAGAUGGUAAAUGAGGAUCAAGAAGAGGAAGAAGAUAAGGAUUCUGUUCUUGGGCAGUUGCAGAAUCUCCAGAACAUGGACUUGGACACCAUAAAAGAAAAGGCCCAGGCCACCUUUAUGGAAAUCAAGCAGUCGGCUGAACAGAAGUGUUCUAUGAUGUGAGGGGACAGGAGAAUGAGAAAGAAGUGGGGAGGGGACAUCGAGAGGCCAUCAGCAGGAAGGGCACUCGCCUGUGGGCCUUUCCAACAGCAUGAAUUUUAAUAUUGAACACAGUUAA